CUUUCUCGGCCCGGCUCUCCGCUCUUCCCCGCGGCUUCGCCUCGCUCUUCAGCGGGAGGCUCCGCGCCGCGCCGGCGAAGACGGCAGUGCUGCAAGGAGCCUCUGGGAGUUCCAGGGGGAAGAGACCAGCCUCCUUUGGAGACCUUUGCUACAGGUGAAGACCUUCAAACAAGUCAAGCAGAUAUAUCAGGAGCUCAGAAGUUUUACGUCAAGCCUCCACUGGAACUUUGCAGUCUGCCAUUCAAAGCCUGAACAAGAGCUCGACACUGUGCUUUUUCAGAUCGCACAAAGGAAGCAAGGAGACUCCCACAUCUUUCAGCGAGAAGAAAGGAGGCAGUGGAGCAGACUAAUACAGACUUGUGUCUGGUGGCCUUGCAGUACAAAGGCUGCCUUUAAAAGAGAAGCACAGCGUUAUUUAAUGAGCUGUGAGAUGAGGCGCUGCUGCUAACGCUCAGAUCCCUGGAUUCAUCGGCUAUUCAUUGUGCUUAAUGUACAUGUUUCUACACCGUGCGUUUAGGAGAUCCCAGAGAAGAAUCCAAAACGGCUGCGGGGGAAAGACCACCAAACAUGCCUACAGAAACACUACCGACAGGUAGCAUGGUGAAGCCGGUCAGCCCUGCUGUGACUUUCACAUCCGCCGUCCCUCUCCGCAUCCUGAACAAAGGACCUGACUAUUUUCGCAGGCAGGCGGAGCCUAACCCCAAAAGACUGAGCGCGGUGGAGAGGCUGGAAGCCGACAAGGCGAAAUACGUCAAAAGCCAGGAGGUCAUCAAUGCCAAGCAGGAGCCUGUGAAGCCAGCAGUGCUGGCGAAGCCGCCGGUCUGUCCUGCGGCCAAGCGGGCACUGGGCAGCCCCACCUUGAAGGUCUUCAGCAACAAUGCAAAGACCGAGAGCGGUGUCCAGAGAGAAAAUCUGAAGCUAGAGAUUCUGAAGAACAUCAUCAAUAGCUCUGAAGGCUCCAGCUCGGGUUCGGGGCACAAGCAUGGUCCCCGAAACUGGCCACCCCACAGAGCCGAUUCGACGGAACUGAACCGACAUUCAUUCGCUGAGUCCUUGAAGGUCUAUCCCACACAGGGCCGUAGCAGCCCCCAGGAGAGCAGCUCCAAUGUCAGUAGAAGGCUCCUAGACCAGUCUGCAGAGACUUUCUUGCAUGUCUCUCACAGCUCCUCAGACAUUAGGAAAGUAACUAGCACAAAGCCCUUAAAAGCAAUACCUUGCAGUAGUUCAGCCCCACCUCUGCCUCCAAAACCCAAAAUUGCUGCCAUUGCCACCCUGAAGUCCCCAGAGAUUGAGGCAGUUGAGUCUGGAUGCGGAGUUAGUAGAAGACCCUCCCUACAGCGAUCAAAAUCAGACUUAAGCGACAGAUACUUUCGUGUCGACGCAGAUGUUGAACGAUUCUUUAACUACUGUGGACUGGAUCCUGAAGAGCUUGAAAACCUUGGGAUGGAAAAUUUUGCAAGGGCUAACUCUGAUAUUAUAUCCCUCAACUUUCGCAGUGCAAGCAUGAUUAGCUCAGACUGUGAACAGUCUCAGGACAGCAACAGUGACCUUAGAAAUGAUGACAGUGCCAAUGACCGUGUGCCAUACGGCAUUUCUGCUAUUGAAAGGAAUGCCAGAAUCAUCAAGUGGUUGUAUAGCAUCAAGCAAGCUAGAGAGUCACAGAAAGUGUCCCAUGUGUGAGAAAAUCCACAGGAGAAAAAGCAAGGACUGUAUCUUUGUCUGUGAAUAUUCAGUUGUGAAGGGUUGUGAAGUCUACUUGAAGUCUUGUACACUUCUCAAAUCUCUUUGUGUUGCUUGUUGUGCAAUGUUUCCAAGUUGCAUGCCUGUCAACAUGUGAACUGACCUGGCUUCCACUUGAACAAUAACCAACUGCAGAGCCUGGCUGAGCAUACACAUUAUCUGCCAAAAGUUUAAGACAAGAAUCUAAUUAGGGCUUUAGUAUAAUCAAAGUGUUUACAUGGAAAGGUUAUAUGACUUCUUUGGUAUUUAUGUGGUUCCUUGUGGGUUUUAUAUGUCACUUUUUGUCUUAAUACUGAUAUCUUCAACUGACGUUUCUAGGUUCUAAGUUGAAAUGGAAUCCCAUUCAGGGGGAGA